UUCAAGAAACUGCAAGACAGCAGCCAUGGCCCCUUCCCAGACCCUGGUGCGUGCUGCAGUGCUUGCCCUGGCAGUCCUGCAGGCCCUGGCCUUGGACACCUUCAUUGCAGCCGUGUAUGAGCACGCUGUCAUCCUGCCACGCACCGUUCACAAGGUUUCUCCCGACGAUGCUUUGGCCCUGAUGAACAGAAACAUGGAUGUUCUGGAAGGAGCUGUCAAGGAAGCAGCCAAGCAGGGUGCCCACAUCAUUGUGACUCCCGAGGAUGGCAUUUAUGGCUGGGUUUUCACGAGGGAAACCAUUUACCCCUACCUGGAGGAUAUUCCUGAUCCAGAAGUGAACUGGAUUCCCUGCACUGAUCCCACAAGAUUUGGUCGGGCACCAGUGCAGGAACGACUCAGCUGCAUGGCCAGGAACAAUUCCAUCUAUGUAGUUGCAAAUAUUGGGGACAAGAAGCCAUGUAAUUCCAGUGAUCCCAAGUGCCCGAGUGACGGUUGCUACCAGUACAACACUGACGUUGUCUUUGACUCAGAAGGGAAACUGGUGGCUCGUUACCACAAGUACAAUCUGUUUAUGUCUGAAGCAAGUUAUUUUAAUUACCCAAAGGAGCCAGAAAUCAUCACCUUUGAGACUCCCUUUGGGAAGUUUGGCAUUUUCACUUGCUUUGACAUCCUUUUCCGGGAGCCUGCCGUAGUGCUGGUGAGUGAGCUACAGGUGGACACGGUGCUUUUCCCAACUGCCUGGAUGAACGUCUUGCCAUUUCUGACUGCUGUGGAGUUUCACUCUGCAUGGGCUAUGGGCAUGGGAGUCAACUUCCUAGCUUCCAAUACUCAUAACACCAUCAUGUCAAUGACAGGGAGCGGUAUUUAUGCACCAGAUGGAGCCAGAGCAUAUUACUACAAUAUGAAGACUGAGGAUGGGCAUCUCCUUAUUGCUGAACUAGAUUCACACCCUCGCCUUUCUACUGCCUUCCCUCCUGCUGUCAGCUGGAGCUCAUAUGCUUCAAACGUAGAAAGCUGCUUACCAGAUGAAAAUGACUUCAGUGGACUCAUCUUUCAUGAUCAGUUCACUUUCACUGAGCUCUCUAAGCCUGAGGGGAGUGUCACCGUUUGCCAGAAAGACCUUCGCUGCCACUUGAGCUACAAGAUGGCAGAGAAACGAGAUGAUGAAGUUUAUGUGCUAGGUGCUUUCGAUGGGCUUCAUGUUGUUGAAGGACAGUACUAUCUGCAGAUAUGCACACUGCUCAAGUGUAAGAGCACAGACCUGAGCACAUGUGGGCAGCCAGUGGAGUCUGCGCAGACCAAGUUUGCCAUGUUCUCCCUCAGUGGCACGUUUGGCACUAACUACGUCUUUCCAGAAGUCUUGUACAGUGGUGUGCAGCUGGCCCCUGGGGAAUUUGAGGUAUUGAAGGAUGGGCGUUUGAUAAGUAAGACACCACCAACAAAACCAGUUGUCACUGUGACGCUUUUUGGACGGUGGUAUGAAAAGGAUUCUCUGAAACAAGAUCCACAACCGACAGCCUCCCUAUGAUGUUACCAUAACUGAAGGUGUACACUAACAAUCCUAUGUCCAAAUGAGAUGCAUUAUUCUCUACCAAAAUAAUCAGGAUUAUGUUUCUUACUGUUGCACAAACUUCUUAAUGCGUUCCGAUUAAUAAAAAUGCAGUAACAUUAUUGAUACUA